CCGCUAGUUGGCCAUGGAUCCAACCUUGCUCUACUACAUCUACAUGCACCUCUGCCCGCCGUUUCAGUGCCAUUCUGUUACGGAGCAACGAACUGUCAGUCCUCCGAGCAACGAGAUCAGCACCUAGCCAGGCAAGAACCAUGAAGGCGGGGACAACACCGCCGGCCAGCAGGGCGGCCGGCCUGCGGACGCUGGUGGUGCACGUGCUGGCGGUGGCGGCCACGGCGCUGGUGCUGUUCUGGUGCAUCGGAUUCCGCGGCGGCCUUGCCUUCCGCUCCAGCGACAAGCAGCGCAUCUUCAACGUCCACCCGCCGCUCAUGCUCAUCGGCCUCGUCGUCAUCGCCGGGGAGGCCAUCCUCGCCUACCGCACCUUCCCGGCCUCCGUCAGCCGGGACGCCAGGAAGAAGGCGCACCUGGCGCUGCACGCCGCGGGGCUCGCCGUCGGCUUCGUCGGCGUCUACGCGGUCUUCAAGUUCCACGCCGAGGCCGCCAUCCCCAACCUCUACUCGCUGCACGCCUGGGUCGGCAUCGCCACCAUCACGCUCUACGCGCUCCAGUGGCUCGCCGGCUUCCUCGCCUUCUUCUUCCCUGGCGCCGCGCCGGAGACCAGGCGGUCCGCGGUGCCGUGGCACGCCGUGCUGGGGCUCCUCGUCUUCGCGCUCGCCGUGGGCAACGCGCAGCUCGGCUUCCUCGAGAAGCUCACCUUCCUGCAGUCCGCGCGCCUCGUCGGCAAGUACGGCGCCGAGGCGCUGCUCGUCAACUUCACCGCCGUCAUCGUGCUCCUCCUCGGCAUCGCCGUCGUGAUCGCCACCGUCAACGCCGACUCCACCAGAUACACCGCCAUGUGAUCAUCCAUCGAUCGAGCUUAUUUGUGAUUAUCACAACGCUAUGCUAUGCACCUGCUUAUCGAUCGAUCCUACGUAUACGUGUUGGUGCUCCUGUACAAACUUUAAAUAAAACAGUCAAUAUGUGUUGUGUUUUCA